AUGGAAUCGAGGGAGGAGCUAAUGGUUUCCCCGGUCGGUGAUAGCAAGCCAGCUCUAAGAACCGCUCACUUUCUUAAACCCUCUGUAUCUUCAAAUGGAGGACCAGGUUCUGAUAUUCUUUCAUCUUCCAUGUCUUUGCCACCUACCUUUGAACCAAAAAAUUGGCCUCUCACCGUAAGGUUCAGUGGAUGGCAGCACCCACCAAGGAAAUGGAUUCACUGGGUGGAUUCCUUGCAGUCUACCUUCGAAUCAGUGUGGAGAAGAGUGGGUAUUAAAGAAGCAAUCAUGGGCAGCAAGUAUAAAGUGUUGAAAAAUGAAGAUUUGACAUUUGGGAUUGCAGAGAGAUGGUGUUCUAAGACAAAUACAUUCGUGUUUCCUUGGGGUGAAGCAACAAUCACUUUGGAGGAUAUGAUGUUUUUGGGAGGUUUUCCUGUUUUGGGGGACCCUGUUUUUAGACCUCUUGAGGCUAAGGAAUUGAAAGAGGUAGAGGAAAAAUUGAUUUUAGCCCGUAAGGAAAUUAUUAAAGGCAGUCGUAAUAAGGCUUGUCCAUCUAGAUGGAUGAAUGCUUUCAUGAACAGUGAGAGGGAAAUUGAGCAUGAGGCAUUUCUUGCUACAUGGCUUUCCGUGUUUGUAUUUCCAGGGAGAUCCUUACAUAUAAGGAGUAUUGUGUUCCCAAUUGCCAUUCAUCUUGCUAGAGGGAAUGCUGUAGCUUUAGCGCCUGCGGUUCUGGCUAGCAUAUACAAAGAUUUGAGUCUGUUGAAACAAGCCAUUUUUGACUUGACAAAAAGUCCAGUAGGUGGUCAUAAAAAGCACCAUGAACUCGUUCUUCAAUCACCAUUUUACUUGGUUCAAAUUUGGGUAUGGGAGAGAAUUCAUGUUUUGCAACCAAAGCCCAAGGUUAUGAACACUUGCGGCACAAUCUUAGGCAGGUGGCACGGAGUUAAGGCUUUGGAAGCUGACAACGUGAGGUUAGUUCUAGACUCUGCGAAGGAAGAAUUUAUAUGGAGGCCAUAUGCUAGAUUUGGAAGUAAUAGGAAAAAAUUUUAUGCAGAAAAUUCAUUUUGGGUACUGCUUGAUCAUACAUUGGAAGAAGAAAUAGAGUCUUUUAUUAUAUGCAUGAGAGUUUCUGAGCUGGUUGGACUUGAUGACUGUAUAGAACAAUACCUCCCACACAGAGUAGCUCUGCAAUUUGGGAUGGAUCAAGACAUUCCUGGCUUUGUGACUCGAAGCAACGAUACUCCUGAAAUUGGUUGGUUUAAUUACAUUAGGCCAAUGAUGGAUAGGAAAAUAUACAUAGCAUCACGGCUUUUUGAGGCAGAUGUUACCAUUCGUUAUGUUGAGUGGUGGGAGAAAUCAGUGUUAGGUUAUCAAGAUCCAUUUAGUAAGCUGGUGCAGGGAAAGAGGAGUCCAAUGUCACGAAAGAAGAAGGAUGCUGAUACUGAUGUUCCCCUUGGGUUUUCUGCCAAAUGUUUCAGCGCACUACAUAGGAAUAAUGGUCAUAGAACUUUUAGAAAUGAUGAAACUGAUCAAAAUGGUGUUCUUUCAUCUCCAGUUGCAACUCAUAAAACUGAUGACUUAAUGGCCAUGAAGGUUGCAAUGUUGGAAAAGAUUGAGAAUGUGAAUGUGGUUGGGGGACCAAAGAGAGCAACGAGAGAUGCAAAAAGAGACAAUGGCAUCAGCUGUUUUGUUUCAAGUGCUGAUAAUGGAACCAUGAGAAAAAGAGACUUGGGGAUGAAGUCCUUUCCAACAGUUGAAUGUGAAACUUCUGUUCGAGAUCUAGAAGAUGCUACGGGACAUGGAAAUGGGAUCCAAGAAUUAAGUAUGGCUCAUCACAAGGUACAUCCAUCUCGGGCUGAUGGAGAAUCCACUAGGAUUAUGGAUGAUAAAAGAAUAAUGGAUCUUGAAAAUAGAAUUAGCAAGCUUGAGAGAAUGCUUGAUGAAUUAAAGAGACCUAGGUGUAGCCACGGCUCCUAA